GAUCAGUGCUUGAUCGAGCGUGUACGUACGUACGUGCACCCAUCGGCGCACGCAUGGCUCCUAGCACCACCUCCUCCUUGCUCGUGUUCCUCCUCUUCCUCCUCCUGCCCGCCGCCGCCGUCGUCGCCGCCGCCCCUGCCCCACCGGCUACCGCCGCCUUCAACGUCACGGAGAUCCUGAGCCGGUACCCGGAGUUCGAGCUCUUCAGCUUCCUCCUCUCCAACACCGGCGUCGCGCGCAAGGUCAACAGCCGGAACUCCGUCACCGUGCUCAUCCCGGACAACUCCGCCGUGGACUGGCUCCUCCGCCGCAGCGCCAGGCUGCCGCGCGCCGCGCUGGUGGAGCUCAUCUCCGUCCACGUCGUGCUCGACUACAUCGACGCGGCCAAGCUGGCGGCGCUGCCCCGGGGCGGCCAGCCCACCGUGGUCACCACGCUGUUCCAGACCACGGGGACCGCGCGCAACCGCACGGGGUUCCUCAACGUCACCGGCACGGGCCGCGGCGGCGCCGUCUUCGUCUCGGCCGCGCCGGGGUCGCUGAUCAACGCCACGUUCAAGAGGGCGGUGACCGCGAGGCCGUACAACAUAUCUGUGCUCCAGAUCAGCAACUUCGUCGUGCCGCCCGGCAUCAUCACCAGGCCGCGGCUGCCGCUGCCGCCGCGGUCGCGGCCGCCGCCGCCGCCGCCCACGCCGAGGGUGAGGCAGAUGGCCGUCGCGCCGAGCCCUGCGCCUGCGCCGAGGUCAACUUCGCCGCGGCUAUCUCCGACGAGGAAUCCGACCUCGGAGGGCGAUACCGCGGAGGCUCCCGACACUGCUGAAGCGCCGGCGCCGUCGGGUGGCCAUGUGGCGCGAGUGAUGAUGAGUUGGUGGAUUGGUGCGGCCGUGGGGAUGGCAAUGGCAUGCAUGCUCGGGUACUUGUAGAUUAAUUAUUACUGCCCAUUUGCAACUGAUCGGGAGGGAAUCGUCACAUGCAUCAGAUCCUAUAUAUAGGUCAUUCUGCGCACCCUUUUCUUAAGUCAACUAUCUAUCUAUCUAUCUUAUAUUGUUGUUACGUUUCUUGGAAUUGGAGAGUAGAAUUACAAAGUGUGGAAAAAAAAACAAGUUGACUACGUUCAAUUGAA